ACUUGGAAGGUAGGUUCGCUGAUUUCCAAUUGUCUAUGUAGGGACAUGGUACGAGGGAGAUCAGUUUUCUGGUCGCGAGAAUUAUGGAGAGCAGAAGGGGCGAAGUAGGGAAGCCGAUGAUGCUGUUGUUAUGCAGCACCCUGGUAUACUAUCACUGUGCCUGCCGGAAUUCUAUCCUCGUUUCUUUGGUCUCCGAUGUCUUCAUCGUUCUCCUGUGCUCCCUCGCCAUUCUCGGCCUUCUCUUCCGUCAAAUGAACAUAUCGGUCCCAGUCGAUCCACUUGAAUGGCAAGUAACUCAGGACACUGCUAAUAGCAUUGUUGCGUGGUUCGUUAAUGCCAUAGGUGCAGCCGGGUCUGUAUUAAGAGUUGCAGCAACAGGGCAUGACAAGAGACUGUUUCUAAAGGUGAUUUUUUGCCUUUAUGUAUUGUCUGCUUUAGGAAGAUUGGCUCUGGGUGCAACAGUUGCCUAUGCUGGUAUGUCACCUUAAUAUCCACUUUUCUUGUUCCUUCUUUUGAGCUACCACAGUAAUUAAUUUUUUCUUUUUACCUUUUUCUCCUGAAAUAGUGUAAUGAUUUUGAGUUCUAGAUUUUCUCUGCUUUUCUA